GAACCCCAAAUAUAAUCUCGAAAGCACAAAUCAAUACGGUCUAUACCUUUAACUGUUUAGCGCCUGAACUUGUGGAAUUCCGUCUGAACCCUCAGUGAAAUACAAAACUAGCCCAAUAAUCCGAGGGAAUAUAAAAGUGAUAAAGGACCGUUACCUAUUCCGUGGAAAUUGCCGUUUUAGAAAGGUGAUGGGGAAUAAAUGGGAAUAGUUCAUUACAACCGUCCGAGGACUGCCAAUUAGAGCGAUGUUUUGACACUAGCGAGUGCAUAGAUACAAAAAUGGCUGCCUUUAAAUGGACCCUCAUAGCGUUGGUCUCGGCGCUUCUUUCCUGGAAAAAUGUCCUCUCCCUGAGGGUUGAUGGAAGUAUUUACUCUGACAAUGAGGACUGGAUAUUUUUAAGCAGAUUUUGCUACAUGAGCAAAAGUGGUGAACUAGAAUAUUUCAUACAAUUCCCGAAGUCCUAUGAGAGGCAACAUAUUUUGUUCUACUAUGAUCGACCAACUAUAUGGGACAAUGUGUACCAGAGCUCCAAGACAUGUGAACAGAAAAAGGCAGUUUUGGACAUCACCCGUGGACAGAUUCUGCCCCUUAGUCCUCUGAACUCUUACUCUGGGUGUAAGUACAUCCAGAUCAGUGGGGUGGACUAUGUGGAGUGCAAGGAUACGCAGAAGUUUAGCUCGUCACGUGACAUGUGGUGGUACCUCGUGCUUAGUCGGUGUCCUAGUGAUAGAAUUGAAACGACCCGCACCGGUUUGAAUAUUACUUUCCGAUUCCACAUGACGAAUGGUGACGACAUGUGGCACAGAGAAUUUUCAGCAGACGAACUAUACAUCCUACAGACAGAUAUCGCCUUUUUGGUUUUAUAUUUCUUCGUUACAAUGGUCUCUAUGAUCUUUGCAAUUAUACUGUAUUCAAGACAGAUGUUCCACGUGACCUACAAGAUCUAUCUUGCAUCACUGUUGAUAUGGUGGUUUCACCUGUUGCUAUGGUGCAUUGCCUACGGUAGAUAUUCAUCGUAUGGCUACAAGGAGACUGGCACAGAGCGAGCAGCCCGGGUGUUUGGGGCCUUAAGCUCACUGCUGUUUAUGCUGAUGUUGCUCCUGAUGGCGGAUGGAUUCACAAUAAUCAAGGGCAGGAUGAAGUCACGGACCAGCAUCAUCUUCUCCGUCUUCUUCACCGUCUACGUCAUUUCCUACGCCACUUUGUACAUCGUGGAAGCUAACACCUUCGACCCGGGCAAGGUGUUGUACAUCUACGAGUAUUGGCCCGGCUAUGCUCUUAUUGCCCUCCGUCUGCUGGCCUGGGUCAUCUUUGUUGUCUAUCUUUUCCUGACGCUGAAAAAACACAGGAAAAAUGGAAAAUUCUAUUAUCCAUUAUUCGUCCUCUACACAAUUUGGUUUUGGGCUGGCCCCAUCGCCAUCAUAAUAGGAGUGUAUGCCAUCAAACAGUGGGCUAGAGAGAAAAUAGUCAACGGAGUUGAUCAGUUAAUCAUGAUGCUAGGUCACGUGAUAUUCUUGGUACUCACGCGACCGUCAGCUGCCAAUGAAAAUUUCCCGUACUAUAUCAAAACCACACAGAUUGGAUUUAUUUCUGAAGAAAGUGCUGAGAGACCAGGGAAUUAUGAAAUAUCUGAAGAGGAAUUGCAGGCAAAAUCCGGGCCUAAUUUAAAUGAUAUUUUCACCGUUUCAAAUACCCGGGCAGAGCCUUCGGCGCCCAAGGAGGAACGGCCGCUAUCACGCACGCGCCUGUCCAGGCCUUACUCAGGUGACAGACCUUCAUCUCGAACGCAGCUCACAAAACCGAACGUGCAGGAAAGCGAGGCUUCUACGUCUGCGGGGGAAAGUGACAACGAUACUCCGCCGCCAUCUUAUACCAGUCUCACAAAUGAGAAAUCAUCCCUUCCAAGUUCGGAUUAUACCUCUGAGAACAUGUUUGCCUCUCGCCCCAAAAAUUCACUCCCUCCCCUAAGUACUGAAAAAAGAUCCAAACCCAAGAGAAACGGCGCUCUUCCUCCGAUAAAUAAACAUGAGACAUGAUCAUGGUUGCUUCUCGAAAACAAAGACUUGCACUUGCAUCGAACUCGAUGUGAAACAGAAUCUUUCAGACACAACCAAACCGGAAGCGCUGUACAUGCUAAUGAGCAUGCGCGCGAGAAUAGAUCUGGUGCUGCUGAUGAACAUGUAACAAUCUGUGAUAUGUCCAUUAUACUAAUUCAUUUAGAAUUAUGUACAUGGCGAUCAUAUAUUGAUAUGAUCAUUGAUGUUAUGACGACAUGAAAUACAUUUUCGAUAUCGAUUGGAUCAGUCAAGUUAUCUCCCUUACGUGAACCUGAUAAUGCAUUUUGUACAUUGUUCUUUUUUAUUUUAUUUCAACACGAAAGUUGUGAAACUCAUUGGUUAAACUCAAUAUUCACGGGAAGGUGUCUUGCUUCCAAUUUUUAAUUCAAUUUGCAGUAUCAAACUUGCAGAAUAAACACUAUGGGAAAUAUGUUGUUUAAAACUACCUUAAUUUUUUAUGUAAAACCUAUGUUGUGUUUUUAAUCCAUAUUUUCCUCUUUAAUUUACACUUGAGUUUGUAUUUUCUUGUUUCUACUGUUUUAUUAAAACUUUGUUAAUUUUCAAAGUUUAGGUGAUUGUCUAAUGUUGAUAUUUUAGUUCUUUAUUUUUUUAAAAAAUCAGCUAUGACCAAAUUACUUAUUAAUAAGGUUUUUUAGCAUCCUCUGUUUUAUGAAUUUAUUCUACUGAUGAAAUUCUGAUUUGUUGCGAUACCAAUUAUCACCAACUUUGCAAUAUAUUUAUAAAUUGACCUUAGUUUUACAUUGCAUAUCCUAUUCUAUAAGUUUUAUCUUGCAUGUCCUACACUUAUUUGUACCUAUAUGCCGUCCAUAAUUAAAUGAAAUUCCUGUGAAUGUAACCUUUUGUAUGGAUUUGUUUUAUAUUCAUUUUGUUACCAGGUUGAUUUUCUAUAAAUAAAAAAUUAAUAUGAAUUUAA